AUGACGGAUUUUCCCAGUGGUUCGAAUAAUUUGUGCGCACCGAGUCAAUCUUCGUGGCUGUGCGUUGACGAUUUCUCAACACUUCGUCCAAAGCAGUUAUCACAUGUCCAGAGCGCCAGUGAACCCCCCUCGGAUGUACGUUUAUAGAGUUUCCCUUCCGCAUACCAUUGCGCUUACUUCGUGAGCAUAACUGGGGAACUUGGUGAUUUCGAUAGAAUAGACGAAUUCCUUAUCAUCUGAUGUUUGCACAAACAACCAUAUCUGUGUUUGAGGAUGCUAGAAUGGGGGGUGGGGGCACACUGGACUAGUCAGACUCAGCUGAUGGAGAGUCGCACUGCAUUUUUUUCCCACACAGACAGUAUCAUGUGUUUGGAAUGGCUGAUUUCGUAAACUUGUUGUUCACAGAAAACCAAGGAUUCACUUAGUUUCACAAGCCAGCUUUUUCGUAAAAAUGAGAAGUUUGAGAUUUUUCCUCCAAAGUUUGCCUUGCUGGACCAUGUUGACUGUUAAAUAUUUAGGAAACAAAACAUUGUUUUAGUUGUUACGCCCCAAAAGACUCAGGAGACAAACGGUUGUACUUUUUUUCACGUGCAACCACGUAGUAAAAAGUGUCGUUCAGCUGUUAGGUAACAUCUCAUAUAUGACUUAAAUCCGUUUGUGCACUGACUGAUAUAUUUCUGUCUAACAAGAGUUAGAUCUCAAGCAAUUAGAGCAUAUCUUGAUGAAGUACGCCGAGAUACGAGAUACACUAGUCACUCUUCGGAGAUUAGGCGUCACUAAUCAGUGUUUGGAUAUAGUUUUGAUACUUGUGCUUUUCUCUCUUUACACGCAAUGAUCGCAAACUGCGUCUGACCUGGAUUACUGAUUUAUUUAGGAUUCAUCGUUUCAAAGUAAAGAUAUGUCAGAAACCUGAAGAACCUACUGUGAACUCUAACUUCAGCUAUUUCCUCUGGCAGCCUUCAAGUGUCUCCGCUUUCUAAAGGGUGUUUUCAAGUGAAGUGUCAUAAUGAUCUACAUUAUUUUCUGUAUAACAACCAAAUUUUUUAAGUUACUUUAAUUUAUUGAUAUUUUGGCAGAUUUUGAAUAAUUCAUAUUGACCCAACUGUGAAAAACUCGGCGCCUCGGUUUUUUCACAGUUUGGGUUUUUUCACAGUUGGGUCAAUAUGAAUUACUUUAAUUUAAUAGUUUUCGCUCACUCGUUGUAUCUGUUUGAAAUUAAUUAGACGAUCAGGUCUUCCCUCCUCAUCUUCAUAAUUUCAUCCUUUGUAGGCAGAGUCGUCAAGCUCCGAGGUUAAUUGGGAGAUGGUUGGUGACGAUCUCAUGUUGCCAAUUUCAGAUGAGGUACAUUAGCAAACAUCUUCUGGUGUUUCAUUCUGAAAGUUUUUAUUUUUUAUUGAUGUUGGCUUCAGUACAUUCUUUUCAUACCGCAUUUUUUUUGGAGGGGCGGGGAGGAGAGGUAGGGGGUUCAAAGAGCGAUGAGAGAAUUUAGAGUCACAAUGACAUCUCAGCUUACUUACUGUAAAUGAUAUAAGGUGUGACGUCACAUCAACACGUACAGUUCUUUUGAAGAAAUCCACUGUAAAUUGCUUUUAGCGCCACGCGUAACCGGACCGUAAUUUGUCUCUUCCAGAGUUUCAGCCUUGCUUUAAAUGAACUGCCUACAGUUCCCGGUUGUGUCCACUAUUCCUAUCAAUAAGUAAUUUGAACCCAGCAGUCAUAAUUCGUUUCCUGUUGAAUGGUAUGAUGUGUUUCGAUUUUCAGCGGUGUGGUUUGUACUCAUACCACGCCUGAGACCCAGAUUUGCCAAAGUGGGCUUUUAAGGAAGAGGGUAAGUUCUGAAUCUUCAAAAUGAAACAACAGGAGGACAAACACUUGUUGGUGUGUCUUCAGUGCUUGCAUGGGUGAUGGAUGGUGGAUCGACCGUUAGCGAGGGCUGUCUGUUUGCCAAGCAGUAUUAGACUCGGGAAAUAGGUAAUCAUGGGCCAGUGGCCGCAGUACUGGACACACCGACCGCCCUGUACUACACUUUGACGCCCAGUCGCAGCACUGUGACCUGAUGAUGGUUGACCGUUAUCAAGUAGGUUUCCCUGUCAUAACAGCCAUGCGCUUAGGGUCGAGAAAACCAAGGCGCUAGAAGAGACAUCGUAAAAUAAACAAUCUGAACGACUUGCGGGACAUUUCUGCGGCAGAUUUCUUUUCAAGAAAACGAGCGGGAUUUCCAAAUCGUUAGCUUUAAUUCGUACUGCGGCAUCCAAGCAGACGACGCACAACAUGACGGGUUACCAAUUCUGGAUCGACUCUGCAUACUGAUCGUUGCAAUCUACGAUAUUCGCCCGUAGUCCAACAGUGCACAUUUUUCACCGGUACCGCGCGGAUGCCUACUGGAUGUUCGACUUAUGAACGCCAGACGCGGGAUCUCAGACAUCAGUAUAUCCUUUUUUGGCCACAAUGAUUCCUUCAACUUCUCUGACACACACGUUGCGCCAGUUGCCCUCUCGAAGUCGACGAAUCAAGCAUUACUUGCAUGGGGAUCGCUCACUGACAGACUGGGGUUUGAAUGACCUAGCUCUCACGUUAAAUUUCCUUUCUCGCGACUCCUUAUAUCGAAUAAUGGAGCCCAAUGAUGGACCGACAUCAAGACCUGUUAUUCCAUCAACACUACCUAUUUUCGCGUCUGCAACAUAUCCAAAACCUCUCAGGAUUCUCCCAGGCAUUCGAAAAGGAUACAUCCUGUCGUUCUGCCAGUCCUCCGCCUCGGCUGUGGUGGCUGAGCUGUAUGUGAAAUCCUGGCGAAGCUGGGAUUUUUGACUGCCGUCGACUAAUGACGAUUCUCCAAGUGAAGCGUGCAGCCUUGAUCUAGGGUGAAACGUCUUACGAUCCCUAUGCCGAUCUUACGAGGAUAUUCUGAAUUAUCCAAAGAAACGACUUGGGUGCUCUAGGCGCGUUCGUUACUCUCCUCGCUAGUCCAGCGUUCCUGUCAGAAAUCGGAAGCCACCGUCCACACGGGAGACGACGGAGAGGGUCUUAUUUCAAAACCUGACUUGACACGGUCAACGAAGAUAUGAUGACUGCUGGAUUUACGACUUUCAGCCUUCACCGCCGAGGGAGAGUCCGGGUCCAGCCCUCCCCCCCCUGAUCCACCGAUUGUCGUUACCGACAUUCUACAGGACGUCACUGAGGUCCCUAAGAUCACACAUGUUCGCAGCGAUAUCGCGUACAAUCUGCCGUGCGAAUUCACUCGAGAGGCAUAGUCGCCGGAUUGUGCUUACAGACAGAUUUGGUUUCGUCACGUUUGAUGAGUCACAAAGCACAGUACUCAGAUGACCAAUCUCACAGACGUUGGUGAGUUCAUUGCUACUGCUAUGCAUCGUUGGACUAGGGUAAAACAUCCUCCAGCGGCUUGGCUGUCGAUGAAGCAUCUUGAGCCCAAGAAACGUUUGCAAACAAAGUUUCAAUAAGUAUGAUGAGCCUGGUAAAUGCGAUGCAGGACGGAAGAUUGAAGUUGAAACCUUGUCUGCAUGAGCUGACAACAACCUUCGUAAUUUUUCGAAUGCGAGGUCAUUACAUUGAGUAGUUGCCUCCGCAUUGCUAACCACGCGACACCAGUGCUCCGUAGGCAACCGAUAAGGCAGGAAAGGAUUUGGAAGACCAAACAACUUCUGACCUUACACGGACAACUGCGGAUUGGGAAUUUGAUCGCGUGGUAGCCAUGAGAUAUAGUACUCCGCUUCUGGGCGAAUUAUACCACUGAAAAAGAGCUAGAUUGUCCAUCACACGACGUCUGAUAUCCGUAGCCGCUUCAUCCCAUCACCACCAAACCUUUGUUUUGCCUACAAUUAGCUACCUUUUACAAUAAUGGAGGGCGUUUAAGUGGCCUCCACUGAACGCCCACUUGGAGAGAGCGCUUGCAUUCACGUGAAAGUGCCUUCGUGAAGUAUCACGCGUCCUUGUCCUCCGUCAUGUAGAGAAAGUCACUGGUUUUGUUUUCCGCACCGUGUGUAUCGCCUUCUUAUUUGCCUGUACAUGUGCUUCCUGUUUUUUUUAGCACAAGACCUACCUAGCCAGCAUAUUUCCGGGUGCCAGUGAGUUCAAGACCGAAGACCCGUCCAACACGGCCUUUGGUGGAUGCUGCGCCUUCUGUUCAAAACGCCUUUCUCCAGGCAGGUCACCUUGACAUUUGGUUCACAUCCUGUUUUUUCUCCUGCAUCUCCGCCAACCGGGACUCGUCCCAUGCUCACGCAGUCUGUAUUAGUACAGAACGUUCAAUCUGGUUUCCUACCUACUUGCAUUAACGGUUUUUUGCACUUAAAUUGGCAUAUCGCAUGAAUCUCUUUGCGAGUUUACUAUCCAAUUUUUGUUUGUAAAAUUUAACUGCCCGUCGUCAUCUACAUCCUGCUCCUAGUUGCCAAAAAUAAUUCAAAAGUAGCCAAAGACAAGAAAAGAUGGCAAAUCAAGAGGCAAUUUUGAUCAUGAUGAAAGUUGGCGCUAUCUGGUUAAGAUGUCGCCCGCCGACUUUGACGUAUGGAUUAGGACCCCAUAUGGAGACCAGACCUCUCACCAUGUGCUAUUGAACGUCAAUGAAGUCGGCCAAACUGAAACUCUUGAUAACCGACAAAUUUAGUAGUAAUAAGGGCUUUAAACGGCCGUUAUGCUACUGGGUCAAUAUCCAAAAUAGUCUUCAAAUGACAAGAAGACAAAUCGUGGAGUGACUUGCUAACCUGAUUCGGCGCUUAACGGGCGGCAGAGUAACAAAACCCUUGGGUCAGCAUUGGAGUCCAGACGACGAGGAGCGGUCAUACGACUUGGGUCAAGGCGCUCGAGGGUUGUUAGCUGCGCAGUGAAGUCUCUUGCAUCUGAAAGUCGGCCCAAUGUAGGCUUCCCGAUAUGCAAACUUGUUUUUUUUUGUUGCCCUAGAUACGGGGCUAAAACGCCAUCGACGUAUAGCCAUCCCCGAAAAUAUUAGCAACGCUUGAUUCGCGACUGCUUAUUUGCCAUAUACAACAGUCUUUGAUCAAAGCCGCUUCGCGCGACGCCACUUCCAGACGUGUCGUGUGGCCCGUGGCUAGGCCAACAGGCAUUUCCCGUCUUCUUGGGGGUUUCGGACUAGAUCUGAUGCUUACCCAUGCCAAGACCGCACUGAAUGUUUUGGAAACUGGAGGUCAAGUCAGAUCAUACCUACGCCGUCUUUUUAGGGUCCACUUGGCUGUUUGUUUAAAAUGCAACGCACCUCGAACCAUUAGCAACUAACUCCGAUGUCAAAACGGAAUAACCCCACUCCAUUUCUUCCGAGUCGUUGAAUCUUUCACUCCUCUAUUAAAGUCAUUGCUUCGUUUAGUUAACACAAUGUCUCGCCAUUGGACAGGCGCUAGAUCUAGAGUCCUCGCAGACAGUCGUAGAGUGACCAACAGCUGUACAGGAACGAAUGCCGACAGAGGCAAGGGAGACUGGAGUGACAAUUUCUCGCUUAUUAACCGUCGCUAACCGUGCCUCAACAAACGACGCAAUAUGCGACCCCAUCCAGAAUGCGGAGAAUAGGUCACCGCGUCUUACGGGAGCGGUGGAAGUAGGGGUUAUAUGGGUGGGACUAAUGGAUGGGAAGGAGAGCGGUGAAAAAGGAUGAAGUUUAGGAAAAAUGUUCCAAUUCCGUGAACAGUUUCAAAUAGAUUCGCGCAUGACCCCGAUAGCGACGCGGAAAAUUGAAUACUAACGCCCGCGCAAUAAGACGCCAAGUUCAGCAAUCAAGGCAGCGAAAUGGCCAGUAGAAACCCAAGGACGGAUGCCGUUGGUGAACCCCAUAAGAAUAAGGUGGGAACGCUAACCCAAUGGCACGACAUAAUGAUGCAGAACAGCGGAACACAGAGAAGCCGCCAAGGUGGCCUGCAGAGGUAAAGUAUAUCAAAUUGGCGUGCAUACCAACCGACAAAUAAACUGAAUAUGAUAUUUAAGCGAAGAUUUAUGUUAUCCUGGAAAAAGACAAUAAGUGCAUCCAAAGUAAACAGCACUUCUUUCGUUUGAAUCAGUAGGCUGUAAUAAGUCAUGCGUAAAGUCUGGUCGCAUAUUGCGCCCUUUCCCUGGAUUAUUUGGUUAGCCAUGUACAAUUCAAAUGGUACAAGCUAGCUUCAAACAGGGUAUAAAUGCACAAGAGCACUCCCACCCGCACCCAUAGCUUGUGUCGGCGUAUUGCUUGAGAAUCCGUGGUAGCCCUCUGUACAGCCAUGGCUUCUGGUUUUCCUUCAGACGACGCUGCCCUGGACUUCUACGAUGGGCGUCUUUACUGUUCCACGUGCCACCAAAACCAGCAGGCGAUAAUUCCCAGGCGCAUACUGGACAGUUGGGAUUUCUCAAGGAAACCGGGUAGGUACGCACUGCUCUUCCAUCUUACCAUUCGUUCCGUUUCUCAGAGUUUCGGUGUGCAGCGACCUUAAGCGGUUGCAUAGCAACGAACGAUCAGUACUUUAGACUGAGAUCUGUGCACAGUUGCUUCGACGUUUUUGCUAAGAUCCAUCGAUUCGUUCCGUUUCUCAGAGUUUCGGUGUGCAGCGGCCUUAAGCGGUUGCAUAGCAACGGAGGAUCAGUACUUUAGACUAAGACCUGUGCACAGCUGCUUCGACUUUUUUGCUAACAUCCAUCGAUUCUUGUCGCUGUAAGUGGCGGUCAUGCAAGUGGGGGAGGGUGCUUUCAUUUCUAACCACUGAAGUCAAAUUUCCUCCGUUAACACAACUCACCACUGAACUGCAAGCAUUCCCAAAGGAACAUUUCUUUCUAGCUGUUGGUGAAGGAAAUUAUCGACCCACAAAAGAAACAGGCGUAAUCCACCAUGCCAUUUAGUGAGUGAGCAGUUACAAAACAGCCGUGAAGAAAGUUUAUUUUCAAGGAUUCACGAAUAUAUGUAGAGAAAAGCCUGGGACUCUGGCUAAAGUUAGGUAGAAAAGGAAGACGAAUACCUUCCUUAUUUUCAAACAAUUACACUGUCUUAAGGAAUCAGCCUCUCCAGCACCCACUUGGAACCCGAUUUUUACCUUUAUUUUACCAUUUCUUUUGAGUGCUAUCGGAAGGCUUUUCAGCUAGUGACAGUAGUAUGCUGUGUCCAUAAGCUUGCUUUUGCAGACGGUACUGGCUUUUCCGAUCGUCUUUUUAGUCUCCUUUGCCACCAAAACCUUCCUGGACUCCAUUGUCAACUACCCCAUUAUCAACCUUGCCCGCGUAAACCCAGGACUGUAUGCGGCAAUUGAAGAAUUGGCUAGCAUGCGACGCCUAAGGCGAAAACUUGCACUCCUCUGGGCCCAGCUGACCCGAUGCUGCAACCAGGCGGCUCAAACUCUGGCUACCUCCCUCGGCCCCCGCGCUUACCUGCUCACCGGUCUGAUCGACAUUGAUCUCUUUUCCAUCUCGGUGAGCAGUCGCUGUUAAUCCAACUCCCUCGUGGGUCUUGUCUGUUCCGCCUCACGAAUGUCUUCUUCCCUGUCGACCUUCUUCACCGCUCGAUUCUGUUUGAAUAAGUGGAGAGAUCAAAUCAGGUGGUUGGGCUAAUUAGUGGUUGGGGCAAAUGAUUGAUCUGAUCUUGCCUGGGUCAGUUGGAUUCUUCAUCGCCAGCCGCCUCCUUCGCUGGAAGUCGCGGACAGUUGUCUCAGUCGCACCUUGUCCCAAUUCCUUGUUGUUCGCGUCCAUUAGGUAGUUUAACUAAAUAUCAGACAACCUGAUGGGCGACCACUUUGGUCCGGAUGCUUUUGUCGGACUCUGUUUGGUGGCAAUGAGUGUUUGGAGUCCGGCCUCUCUGUUUUGCAGCCGCGCUUCGGCACCCCUGACAGUUCGGUCCCUUAGAAGCUAUGUCUGUUCCUUGUGUUGUGCGGCUAAGAUGUAGAUUUGACCUACACCUUACAAUCAUCAGCAUUGCCACCAUUCAUCAGUGCUUUCCCACCACAAUUAUGGCGGAGAUCCGAUAGCUUACCAUGACAGCGAAGAUAUUAUCAUUGGUUUGUUACAUUCUGGGCUGUGGGGUCUUCUGCGAUCCCUGUCAGUUUCGAAGGGAGGCUCUCGUGUCUGUGAUUAUCUACGAUGCGCCGGCAAUGUCUGCUAGGGCUGUUCUGUCUACGACAACUUUUCUAUAGCGACAUGGUGUCAUACUUAAUUUGUGUAUACCCAGCCGACUAUCAAAAUGUAUUCUCCAGUUGUAUUGCUCGCUCUCUCGAGGAACGGCCACGAUCUUCCUUGCUCGACCAUCUGGGAAGUACUGACGAGUUAUUUACCAUGUAACGCCCAUCUGCGACCAUGUUAGGCAGCCUAAUAGCGUCAGGUUAAUUAUUUAAGGAUAAGGAAUGGCUCGGCAGAACACAUUUGCUGAGUUGCUAACACUAUGGAGUUUGGGCUGGUCGAUAAUUUUAAAAAUACGUCACUGUUAGGCGACUGAUAUCUCGGAAGACAUUUGUGUACUUUUUGAUCUAGUUCUUACGUCUUCUGCCACUACUGAUGACUAAUGGUUUCCGUCGGAAUGUUUUACUUGUUCUUGAUUCUGCACUACCUCUGGUAGCUGAUCAAGCCUUUGAGAACAAGGACUCCCGUUCAACACUUUCAAAUAAAGUGGUAGUCAUUAACCUGUUAGAAAAAAUUGAGAGCCUAACUAUGUCGGCUCAGUCCUGCGCUUGGAUCAGGCAGCUGACCCAACUUCUCUGUAUAGUCGUUCAGUUUAGACGUCUAUUGCACUACGAACUGACGAAAUUUAUGACUACCCCCGUAAAAAUCCCGUCGUCAGUAGUUGAUUUACCAAUCCACACUGGUCUUUUCGAUGUAAACCUCUGCUGCGCUCGUCGACAUGCCCCGCAUGCUUCUCUCAUGGUGGGCUUGGGAAAAAAACACCGUAGUGAAAAGGGACAGAAUAACCCCGCCGCCCGCAUCUUCAUUGCCACAUUCAGCAAGUUCGUAGGUGCUUUCGCAUGUCCGUUAAUCACAGUUUUUUUUUCCGUUUGUAGCCGACCAGUUAGUUUUAUUGCAAACGCGCAGCGCGUACGUGUGUUGAAUAUUGACUGUAUCCAGAAUUUCCGCGUGGUCGAAUUGACAGUCGCACUGAAAAGCAGCCACUCCAAUCUAGCCCUACUCGAUGUUCAAUUAUAAUCCUUCGCUCUACAGAGCUUUACUGAGUGCAGCGGCUUAGAUCUGCACCUGCUCGACUGCCGAGUGAGAGCACGUGGGAUUUAGACUGUCUGUCAAAUUCCGGCGAAUUUUUGGGUGUUAAGCCCAAUUCGGUCAUGGGAGAUAGCCCAGUCGUGUUUCGGCAGGGUUGACGUCUGUGGUAUAAUUUCCAUUAUCAGAAAACGGCUGCAGGCCGUAAACUUAUAUGGGACAUAAUCGUUGCAUCGAAUACACCCUAGUAUAUGACAUAACACAUGCUGGAUACGUGUCAUCCGGCCUUUUGGUAACGGUUACCGUCCGGAUUAGCGUUAUACAUGGACUUUUAAUCCUAAUCACACCCAUGUUUAUGCAUAUACCAGACAUGACAAACUUGCAUAAGACCGAUCGAUCUGUAAGUCAACCAGUUUUAUUAUCAGUCUCACAGACAUCGCCGUUGACUCAAUGUCACAAGUGUCCGCCUUAUUCAUGUUCUAGUAGUUUUAUGAAUGUCAGUCCGAAUUUGGUGCCGUGCGCGUCCCGCGCGUUACGCCAAGUAACCCACCCCAUUUGUUGCAUGCGUCGUAAACGACAUUUGUAUGCUCUGUCAGCCAUCUCAAGCCUUGUCCGCAGCCCUGUCACUGGGGUAGGAGAACACAAGUCUUUCCCACUAUAAUCCUAAUCAUGCCUGCUUUAGGAAGCCUCACGUGGGCUCCUCCCCAAAUUUUCUGCACACCAAUCGUCACUUCGCCCACCCCCCCCCCUAUUCGUCACUGUUUCUCCACAGAUUGACUGUUAGGUCCAUUGCUAACAAUAACUGCCUCUUACUCGCCUGUCCCCCCCCCCCUCUGUCCUCCGUACACAGGAUCUGGUUGCCGUUCAGACCGGUGAGCUAGCGGAGCACCUUGGGGCGGCCAUUAACCGUUUCGCUCUGACCCACGUCAACAGCUGUUCGGCCUGUCUGCUGGAGACCAGCGUGUGCGACAUUUGCGACGAUCCCUCGCGACCCAUCUGGCCCCACGCCUUCGUCGCGUUCAGACGCGUGAGUUUUCUUUUGUUCUCUGCUCCGUCGCACUCGUCUGCGACCUACCGUUGGCCUCGAAACCCACUAGACUUGGAUUGGAAAGCACAAAUAGGCCCUUAUGGGGGAGCUGUAGCCGUAGGCGAGGUUGCAUCCACGACUGGAAAAGAACGUAGUCUCUUUUUGCAUAAAAGCAUACUGGCCUUCUGUUGCAAAUUCUCUCGGCCACUAAGAAAGACGUCAUUUUAUUUGCAUGGAAUUCCUACAUUGAUUUUGAGUUGUUGUACAAAUUCAUCUGCGUCUCUGUGAAAUAUGACAGCUGAUAUUGCGUAACAUUUCUGCAAAGAGUUCAGUAAUUCACACAUAUUCUCGUGAUCCCUAGGCAUUCUAACCACAUCCUAUGCGUUUUGCCUGAAAACGGUAUAGCAUUUUUUAGCAAGGCCACCAAUAUAGGGGGCUUCUUACGCCCAGCAUAUGGGAAUUAAUCUGGAUCAAAACAUUCAAAAGUGCCAUAGGUAGGAGUUUUCUUAAAAUCAAGACGUCUAAAAUACGGAGUUUCAGUAAAAUUUAUUUUCCUGAAAAUGAGCAUGGGAAAUUACAUUUCGAGAUUGUAUUUGCACAAGCAUGGAAAAAAUUUAAAAAUGCGCACACUUUAAUUAUUUUUCUUAUCGUCGCCUUACACGGGUGUUUAGAGGUCGAAGAUCGGGCGUCCAAGUAAACUGGAUCAGCGACCAACAGUCGUCUUCCCACGCUGCGACCAUCAGAGGAUAUCACCAUCCUAAAGGCGUUUCGUUUCGGUAACCAUACAAAUGCCGCUCCGCAGACGCGACCACGACCGCUUAUAAUCGUCCUAGGCUGUAGUGAGCAGGCGAAACUAAUUCUUUCCAGGCGUUUUCGACUGCAGCAUUCCCAAAAAGGAGUGUUUUUUUUUCAACCGGACUACCCACAUGCCGAAAGAAUGAAACGCCGCGAACUUCUCCUAGAAUUGAGAACACGACGAACCAAUGGAGAGCAGAACCUGGUAAUCUACAAAGACCAGAUAGUAAAACGACAUUCCGCCCCCCUCUGGAAAAAGCCGAUUCAAAUGACCGCACAGAUACCCCAGUAGCCUGUGUCAGGAUUGUGAACCAAUCUCGCAUGAACUUGGAACACACAUUCCUGUAUACUAACGUGCAAAGUGUACUUUCAAAAGUGGAUGAACUCCAUAUCUGCGACCCACCCCCCUCAAACGUUAUCUCAAUAACAGAAACACGGUUGAACAAUGCAAAGGCGACGAAACAUGCAGAAUUUAUUGACGUCAUUAAAUUUCGUGACCUCUUAUUCAACUGCACAACGGUCAUUGCGCAUUCAUAAGGCCACGAAAUUUAAUGGCGUCAAUAAAUUAUGCAUGUUUCCUCGCCUUGGCCUUGUCCAAAAUUCUUCCCGGGAAGCAGUGCAUCAAUUAAAAGAAACAUGGUUGUCCGAACAGGUUGGUGAUAGGGUGCCUACGCAUCCUGGAUUUUAACUGUUCCUCAGGGACAGAAAAAAACAGAAGGGGUGGAAACAUAGCAACAUUUGUUAAGAAUGGCUUGUACGUUUCAGAAAAAACUGCCGAAUUGACUUGUAGUACGAAAGCAUUAUACUGGCCAUAAGGACACCGAGUUCUCAACGUCUCAAUACUAUAACAGUAUAUCUCCCCCGAGAAAUGACCCUGACCUUGACGCCCAACUGAUGGAGGAGCUCAGAUUAUUUUCUACGCGGCGGAAUACUCGUGCCGUUGGGGACUUUAAUGCACCUCACAUCGACUGGAACUCGGCCUCCGCCGACAACUCGAAAAUGGCACUCGACCAGCGGCUUCUGCAUACCACCGACAAUCUGUUUCUCACCCGACACGUGAUAUUUCCGACGAGGUUUUGUGAGGGCCAGCAAAUGAACUGCCUCGACCUUGUGUUUACUAAGUCGUCUGAUAACAUCGACGUUGUGAAUUCCCUCCCCCCGUUGGGUCAGCGUGACCAUGUAGUUCCCAUGUGGGAAUGCAUCUUAUUCUCCCUGCCAGCACAACCGCUUGCUUUCUGACCCGAUAUUUGGCGCGGCGAUUUCGAGCAAAUGAAAAGGGAUCUUCGUCCUAUCGACUGGGCAUCCACACUCUCCGGCGUUAUCGACGAGGUUUGGUGUCUUUUCAGAGAGAUAGUUCACAGCCUCAUCUCCAGCUACUGCCCAAUCAGACUGACGAAUAGACCCCACUGGUUGACUCCCUCCAUAAAGAAUUUAACAAGAAGAGGAAACUGUGGAAAGGAUCCCUCAUUGACCCGACGCCUGAAUCCCUAAACAGUUAUAAGUUAUAGAGAAACGCGGUCAAAUUCUCAUCGCCAGGGAUCGGAAAGUCUUCGAAAAGGGUCUUUUGUGCCCUGCCAUGGUUAAUUCCGAAGUCCUUUACAGUUACAUAAGACAGAGUACGCGGAACAAAGAUCCUAUCCCACUGCUACGAAUGGCCGAGGGUGUAGAAAUCUCAGAUGACAAGGAUAAGGCUGAACAUCUCUCUCACUACUUCCGGCUCGUCGUGCCGAGUGAACCUGAUUUUUCCCAUUCACUUGUGGAGACGAGGAAAAGCCUACCAUUGAAACAGUCUUCUUCACCGAAGCAAUCGUUCAGAAAGAGUUGCUAAACCUGAAAGAAUCAACCUCCCCAGGCCCUGAUACAAUCACGGCCAAGCUGCUGAAGGAGCUAGCCCCCAAAUGCCCAAACCGUUAGCCUUACCCUUCCAAAUGUCAUUUGCUACUGUGUGCCGACCCUCCGAUUGGAAGACCGCUACCAUCAGUCCGCUUUUUAAGGGUGGAAGUCGUGCGUCUGCGAAUAACUACAGGCCGGUGGGUCUUGCCUCCACCUGUUGCAAAAUCAUGGAGAAAAUAAUUAAGAAAGCGUUGAUGCAGUUCCUCGAGCAGCAUCACCUCCUCCCCGAUGCCCAACACGGCUUUCGAAGUGAUUGGUCCUGUCUCACGAAUCUGCUUUUUUCCCUCGAAUGCUGGACCAGUGCAUGUGACGAAGGCAAUGCGGUGCACGCCAUCUCCAUCGACUUUAAAAAAGGCCUUCGACAGCGUUCCUCACCAACGUCUCUUGUACAAACGGCGCAACGCAGGAAUUAUUGGAAGCCUUCUUGCGUGGAUUCACAACUUUAUGACUGGACGGUGCCAAAGAGUGCAGGUCGGGCGCCGACAGUCCUCAGAGGUAACCGCGACGAGCAGCAUCCCACAGGACUCAGUCUUAGGCUCCACGUUAUUCCUCGUUUUCGUAAAUGACUUCGUCAGGAACCUAGACUGUGAUGUCAUCCCGUUUGCUGACAUAAAAUUGUGGAAAAUUAUUCACAAUGCGGCAGACGCAGACCACCUGCAUACAAACUUAAACAGACUCGAGGACUGGUUGAAGAGCCGGCUUAUGCCCUUCAAUGUAAGCAAGUGCAACUUUCUUCAAUUCGACAGUUGCAGAGCCUCCAGCCCAAGGACUUACAGUAGGUAUGCCAACUUAUGAAAUGUUGACCGAAAUUCUGAAAUGCGUUUUUGACUCAGUGAUUCAGUUACUUUAGGACGCCGGCUUUUGAAGGAACUUCUUUUCGGCUGCCUUCAAUAAACCGCCCUAUUUGAAAAAUGACUACUAAAAUAGCGUAGGAUUUUCACGUUGAUUUUUAGUGCCCAUAUAAAUUCAAAUAUAUCUCAUAGAAAACAUGCAUAAAAAUAUCCAUCCUUUUACGCAUUUGUUAGUAAAUUACAUCUUUACAUUUCUUUACUUGAAGGAAGGACAUUAUUUAGUUUGGAGAAAAGUUUCUAAUUAUGAGGUUUUUACAGACCGUGAAAUGCCCGUUCAUAAAAUAUCACGUCCCUGCAUUUACUUAUGUUGCUUGUAAAGUUUGCAAUAUUGCUCAAAUCUACUGCCAAAUUUUAUUUACCCCAUAUGGCCACCUCUUAAUACCACAGCGAAAUUUAUAGUUUUCCGUACACAGAAAAUAUACAACUGGUAGGUGGAAAACCCUGACUUCAAGUUUAACGGCACGUUGGGUUCAAAAUUAUUUGGAAAUCGGGAAAAAAUUUUAAAACCGAAUUAUUCCACUUCGUAUAAAAAAAACUGCAGAAGACGUAAUUCUCUAUCAAACGAGUAGAAGAAUGAAUAUUUAUAUGCACGUUUUCUAUGAGAUAUACUUUAAUUUAUAAGGGCAUUUAAAAUCAAUGAGGAAAUCUUAUGCUAUCUAAGUAGGCAUUUUUGCAGUCAGUUUUUGCAGGCAGCCGGAAAGAAGUUAUUUUAAAAGCCGACAUUCCAAAGUAACUGAAUCACCACAGGAUUAUGCUGCAUGGUGAUUGAUAUUACAACCCUAUUUAAGUAAUCUUUUUGAGUCGAAAACGCAUUUCAGAAUUUCGGUUAACAUUUCAUAAGUUAGCACAUCUACUGAACUUUCUUUACCGUACACCACUGGAACAAUUUGACAGUCAAACGGACAUGGGUGUGUAGAUUAAAUCCUCACUCAAACGAACACUGAACUGCGCGAAGGCGGCUAAGUCGGCUAUGGCUACAUUGAACUCCUUAGGCGAGCCUUAAUGGUAUUUGACAAAGACAGCUUUUCCAAAAUAUUUGGCACCUUUGUGCGGCCACAUCUAGAAUAAGCCAUACGGUCCUGGACUCUCAAGGACUAUACCGGCUUAGAGAGGGUUCAGUGAUGGGCGGCAAAAGUUCUGGGAGCAUUGCCCCAUGAAACCGGACUGUCAACCCUCAACCUCUUUCUCCUUUCCUACAGGCAACUACGCGGUGAUCUUAUACUAACAUUUCGCAUUAUAAAAGGCCAAGACCGUUGCUUAUCUCCCAAUGAUUAGUUCCCUCAGGCUAACACGCCCACUUUGCGCAGUCUUCCUCUAAAACUACGCCCAGGUAAGGCAAGGAUCAAUGGACGAGAGUUCUUUUUCAGUAACAAGGUGGUUGCAGCGUGGAAUGCCCUGACUACCGAUGUUUUACUCUCCUCCUGUGUGGAUUUGUUUAAGUCUAGACUGGACGCGUAUCAAGCGUCCCAACUAGCAGCCGCACACGCACACCCGUGACUCGUCACCCAACUUGCAUGCUUAUACUACUUACGAUAAAUGAGUAGCCGUCCAUGUUUACUCCUUUUCGACUGACUGACAGCUGCCCACCGUUCGCAUGCAACUAUGUACCAAGUCUCUUUUUCAACUUUCCACUUAUCAGUGCUUUUCUCAGACGAUUUUUAACCAAUAGGGAGUUCAAAGACGUUUGCCUAUACUUCCCAUAAUAAAACUGAACUUGACUGUAGGCCAGCUGACAGUUUGGGAGUUAGGUGCUGCGUCUUUCAGAUAGCCAUAUAUGCGAACGGUUUUCAUAGUUGCCACUCCUGAUGCAUGCGGUUUUGUGAACUCUUGUGAGUAUAGUGCCGAUCAUCCUCACCCGAUUCUUCCAUCUAAGAGCUCCAGCAACGGCAGGUUGUGUCAAACUCCCCCCAGCUAAUUAAAUCCUGUUAUAAUGUCAACUUUUAAGGCUCGCACCUUCUGCCAAGCCAGUCAGCAGUAGAGCCCCGUCGUCUACAUAUUUAAAACACGUCUCAAAGUCAGCGAGCUGAUAACACCAGAAACAUUUAAAAGUAGCCCAGGUUCGCUUUUCUCUGGCAGUCUUUGAUUGAAAUCAGGGCAACACGUGGCCGCCUCCCUAGGAAGGGAAGAUGAGAGUCGAAGAUAAAUCGAAGUUGAAAUUAUCCGCCAGCCCCACUGUUGUUCAUCUGGCAGAUAUCGGGACGGUCUUUGACAGGCUCUCGGGUUUAACGAAGAACCAGUCACAGACCACCGGCGACAAGGCACGGAAGGCUGAGGGUUUGGCACGCCGACUUUCUCACAAAUUACCGGAGUGUUAGGUAACGCCACGAUAGACGGCAGUUUCCUUUGUUGAAUUCAAUACUGCGUUCAAUUCCCUAUGACUAAUUGAGCUAGAUAGUAUUUGGGCAGAAAUGGUCACUACGACCAAGGCCUAGUAUCGCUCCACCGCUGCUCGAGUUCUGGUCCAACCUCCCCCGGUCGUCCGAUGUCAGGCUUGAUGUUCGUCAGGGUUGUAUUACGACAUCCAUCCUUUUUGCGCCGUUGACUGGGCCGGCCAAAUGAUGUUAUGACGGUGUCGACUUUGCGUUCGCACUCCCAUUGGCCGACUUCGAUUACGUUGACGUUGCCGCCCUACUGUCAUCAACCAACUAUGACUUAAAUAAUGUACUGUGAUAUCCCCAUAGUAGUCGAAAGUGUACUCGGGCUCCAUUUUCGACUGGGUCGUUAACUUGGAAUGGCCAGUCUCAUAUUCCGUGCUUGAAUUGUCUUUGUAAUUACACAGGUCAGACUGAACGCAUGCUCGGAUCGUACAUACACGACGGGGUAACGAAUUAACACCAGUUGCUUCCCACACCUUCAAAACGGGUCAAGAUUCUAACUUCACAGACAACAAAGUAAUCGCCCACGCCAGAUGCAAGACAAGCCGAGGAUUAAUUGAAGUCGAGACCUCGGAUGAGAACCCAGUAAAUCGAUUUAUCGGUUUAUUGUCGGAAUACAGAUCCCUGCGCAGCCACACUCACACCUGCGUCAUUGAUCUUCGACUGGAAAAUGCCUUCACUGCGACUGCAAAUGUUGUGUCCGUAGAAGUCGAGCAAAGAUCAAAGGCGUCUUAACACCAUUAUCGGAGUGGCACCCAUUGAGUGAAGCACACUGGUUUCGUUCCAAAUGGGACGGACUGCGCUCACUGCGACAUCGUGAGGACAUUUCGGGUCAUCUAAAGAUGACCGAGACGUUCUUUGUCCCCAGCCCCAUCGUUGUUGCUGCCCUUAGUCCGCUUUUGCUUCUUGACUGAAGACGUCGAAUAAGUCAACUAAAGACCUGGUCUAAAACGUCCCGUUAAGACAGAGUUGGUUCAUGGACCUCUGGUACUCGGUCCGCUGCCCUGCAGAAUGAGUCGGACUGCUAAGAUUUGCUGCCACAGAUCACCACACGUAGAGAUACCAUUCGCGACGUUAUUGACUCGGGCUACCUCGAACAUUUUCACAGCCGUACCAAGUACAUGCAACAGGGCUUGUUGGAUGGGCUUCCGGUACGUAACAGCCUCUACGUCCCGCUGGGCUAGUGGACAGCCAGCCCCUUCAGCCUUAUGGCAUGCUGCGGUUACUUGAAGAGCGGACUUCAAGGUCUGCUCUUUGAAUCAGGUAUACCAUGGGGGAACUGAGUCAACUGAUUGCAUGGGCCAUCCGGACUUUCGGCGUGGCAGCUCGACUCGGCAUCAUCCUUUCGAUGAUAACGAUGAUUACUAUCGGUCUCCGUAACAUUAUUCUGUGACUCCUGUGAGCCAAUCGCGCGUAAGACUAAGACCUAAGUCCGGUAAAUGCCUCAUAAAAGGAUUGACGCAACCAUUUCGAUUGUAAAACGUGCCACCGCGUGUCCCUUUCGAGAUCACGCGACCGUAAGUUUUUUCGACCUGGAAGCCAAUGGAGUCGCGCAUGGCGGCUUUCCGAGCAUAUUUCUCGACGUCAUUGCGACUGGCAGGUCGGGUUAUCACGAUCUAACCAGACGCCUACUUGAUGUGCAUACGGUUUGGGAGUCCGAGACAGACAGUCGUACGUGGCAUGCGGGCUUUACUCCACAUUACCCACCGCCUUUGAUCCCGCCUAUUAACGCUGUGUCGGGGUUUCGCCUCUGAUGUCAAAUGAGCGAUGAAUGAUAGACUAUGGACGAUGCAAAGGAGGCAUCCCUUACCAUAACACAAUUAACGUGUCUAUGAGCAGCCGCGUCGUCCUGAAGGUCGUGACUUAGGUCUCCAACUUGUAGGAUAACUCAGUCCCCGCGAUUGCGAGCCAGGUUGCAACGACUUAGGGAAACUCUCAUCAAUGCGGCUUUCAUCUGGUUCAAGGAAAUAACACGCAACUUACACUCACAGAUGUGAGUUCUGGUUCAGGCCAGCAACUGAGCCAGGCCGUUCUUCAGUCGGCUCGACUUACUUUCGUGAUUUUAAUGUAGUUGGCUGGGGGAGAGUACAUCUAGUGCUGUGCGGAUCACUGCCGCUUCCUCAGUUAAUAGUGAUUUUAUGGACGAGUCUGUAUCGUGGAUAAAAUUCCCUACACAGUUAGCGGAACUUUUUGUACCACAGCAAUGCUUAGAAUUUCUAUUAAGAUGACCAUGGUUUGCCCCCAAACUACGGGUCCAUGAGAAAACCACGACUUCAGGAAUUGCUUUUUCUUCAAGAAACAUUUCAAAAAGGCAGCCAUUGCAGUCUGUCUGGCGAUAAGGCAUUCUGGUCUUUGUCUUCAUUUUUUGCAGUGUGCUACGCCCGGCUGUGCGAGGGCAAUGCACUUUGACUGCCUCAUUCAAAGCAGAAACGAACGGACGUCAGUGGCUGAGAUCUUCCGCUCUAUAAACUUCUUUGAUUCUCGAGCCUCCGGCGGCGGUACCGGCAGCAGUAACUAUGGUGACACCGAGAUCACACCUGACGGGCUCGAACUGCUGCCUUUCUGUGGCGCAUGCCGACGAAAUCGUAAAGUCGCUCUCUAUCGCCAGUCUGGAAUGUCAUCUUUUUCGUUGACCACCGAGGCGUCUGUGUCUGGCCGGCUCAUCAGUUAG